AACAUAACCUCUAUAAAUGUAACCUUAUUUUAGAAGCAAGCAAACAGACACCCAUUCGCUGUCCACAGUCACCGUAAAGAUGCCCGUCGGCUACGACGGCGCAACCCUCUCCUUCCUGAGGAGGGAACUCGAAGCCUCUUUAAUGAAGAUCGAUUCGCUGGAGAAAGAAAACCACGAACUAAAACAAGAAACGAGUCGUCUAAAGGCGCAAAUCAACACGCUAAAAGCCCAUGAUCUCGAGAGGAAAUCCAUCCUGUGGAAGAAACUACAGAAUACAAUGAAUUGUACAGACGAACCGCCACACAAACCCAAGCUUCAGAUUGACGUACCAUUAAAGAAAUCAACAAUAGAAGGCAAUACAAUUAGUCUACCAAAACCACCACCUUCUCCUUCUCCGCUGCAAAGAAAGGUAGCAGGUCCUCCGCCUCCGCCACCACCACUUCCUUCAAGUCCAGUGGGAUCAAGGACUGUUCGACGUGUCCCAGCAGUUAUGGAGUUUUACCGAUCACUUAUGAAAAGAGACAUGACUACUCUGCAGAAAGAGAACAAAGGCGUGGGGUUGGUCCCGGUUACUUAUUCUCGUGACAUGAUCGGAGAGAUCGAGAACCGCUCCACUUAUCUUACCUCUAUAAAAUCGGAUGUGGAGAAAUACGGUGAACGAUUGAAUGAUUUGAUAAGGGAAGUGGAGAGUGCGGGGUUUAGGGAGAUUUCAGACGUGGAGGGGUUUGUGAAGUGGGUAGAUGCUGAGUUAUCGUGUCUAGUGGACGAGAGGGCGGUACUAAAGCACUUCCCGCAGUGGCCAGAACGAAAAGCGGAUGCAUUGCGUGAAGCUGCUUUCAGUUUCCGAGAUUUAAAGAAUCUUGAAUCCGAAGUUUUGGCGUAUAAAAGCUGUCCCAAGCAACCAUUGAUUCAGUCGUUAAACAAGAUGCAAGCACUUCAAGACAGAUUGGAGUCGAAGAUUAGUGUAGUGGAAAGAACUCGAGAAGGUACAUGUAAGAAAUACAAGGAGCUACAGAUUCCAUGGCAAUGGCUCAUGGAUACAGGACUUGUUGGUCAGGUAAAGCUAAGUUCACUGAAACUGGCCCAAGAAUGUAUGAGAAGGAUAGCCAAAGAAUUAGAAUCUUCACGAGACAGGGGCGAUCUCUUGCUUCAGGGAGUUCGAUUUGCUUUUCGGGUUCAUCAGUUUGCAGGAGGGUUUGACACAGAGACGAUGCAUGCUUUUGAAGAGCUUAAGAAGAUCGGAAGCGGUACUAGAGGUUCAUGAUGGAUGAAUUACUACGAAUGCAUGAUUGAUUAGUAUUUUAAUUUAAUUGGAUAUGAAUGUAUGUGACAUGUAUAUAAGGAUGUAUAUCAUAUGCCUACCUUUUUGAGAGAAGUGAUCUUUUUUGGGAGGAGUGAUUUAUUAUUAUACGACAAAUUAUACAUAA